AUGGGCAUCCCGACCGAGUUUGACUUUGUCAUCGUGGGUGGAGGCACGGCGGGCCUCGUCGUGGCCGCGCGCCUGAGCGAGGACCCUUCCAAGACGAUUGCCGUUAUCGAGGCCGGCGCGAACCGCAAGGGUGAUCCCCGCAUCGAUGUCCCCGGCCUGAUGGGCACCCUGUACGAGGAUCCCGCCUACGACUGGAGCUACAUUACCGAGCCGCAGACGGCCCUGGACGGCAGGCAAAUUGCGUGUCCGCGAGGCAAGGUGCUGGGCGGCUCCUCGGCCCUCAACUUCUCCGCCAUCCUCUACCCCAGCAAGGCCGACUUUAACGACUGGGCCGAAAUCACCGGCGACCAGGGCUGGAGCGCCCACGCCUUCGCGCCCUAUCUCCGCAAAUUCCAGACGUGGACCCCGGCGUCCGAGGCCACGAAGAAGCAGCUUCGCCUCGACUACAUGGAGGAUGCGAACCAGGGCAACAACGGGCCCCUGAACGUCACUAUCCCCGAUGGCUACGGCCCCUUCCACGAGGCCUGGGUCAACGGCUUCGACGAGCUGGGCCACCACUCCCGCAGCGACCCCAUUGGCGGCGAGAAUUUGGGCUCCUUUACCAGUCCGCUGUCCAUCCACCCGGAGAGGCGCACCAGGGAGUAUUCCGCGUCGGCGUACUUCACGGAUGAGGUGGCUCAGCGGCCAAACCUGCACGUCUUCACCGAGACGACGGUCGAGAAGCUCGAGUUCGCCGAGGGUGACGCCGCUCCGCUGCGGGCCACGGGCGCCAAAGUGAUCCGCAAGGACGGCUCGCGCGCAACGAUUUCCGUCAAGGACAGCGGCGAGGUGAUUCUCGCGGCCGGGUCAAUCCAGUCACCGCAGCUGCUAGAGCUGUCCGGCAUUGGCAACGGGGAGAUCCUCAAACAGCACGGCAUCCCAGUGAGGAUCCACAACGCGGGCAUCGGCGAGAACCUCCAGGACCACACCCUCUCGAGCGUCAGCUACGAGAUCGCCGACGACCAGAUGUCGGCCGACAACGUGCAGCGCGACGCGUCGCUGCAGGCGGCCGUGAUGAAGAUGUUCGAGGACUCGCACGACGGGCCGCUGGCCGGCACGCUGCUGAGCAUCGCGUACCUGCCACCGGUCGACAAAGACGGGACCGUGGACCGGGCCGAGCUGGCCACGCUCAUCGAGGAGAGCCUCGCCUCGUCCACGGACGCCGACUUCCCCGCCCGCAAGCGCCAAUACGACAUCCUGCGCGCCCGGCUCGCAAACCCGCAAGAACCCUCCGUCGAGCUCAUGUACCUGCCCAUGCAGCUCAACAACGACGCGCAGCGCAACACAAUGCGGCAAAUUUUCGGCGGCGCCGAGCCAGGCAACUACAUCACCGUGGUCGCGAUCCUGAACCACCCCUUCUCGCGCGGCAGCGUGCACAUCCGGAGCGCGGACCCGCUCGCCCCGCCAGCAAUCGACCCGCGCUACCUCUCGCACCCGCUCGACCUCGAGCUGCAGGCCCGCCAUGUCCAGUUCCUGGAGCGCUUCGUGCAGACCAGCGCGAUGCGCGCGGUGCUGAAGGAGGGCGGGCGGCGCGUGCCCAGCGCAGAGCGGGAUUCAGCCGAUUUAGCCACGGCGAAGCAGAUGGCGACGGAGCGCGCGUUUACGUGUUUCCACCCCUCGGGGACAUGCGCCAUGAUGCCGCGCGAGCUGGACGGCGUCGUGGAUACUAGGCUAAAGGUGUAUGGCACGGCUAAUCUGCGCGUUGUGGACGCGAGCGUGUUUCCGCUGGAGACGCUGGGCAAUAUCCAGGCGACGGUGUAUGCGGUUGCGGAGAAGGCGGCGGAUAUGAUUCGCGAGGAUGGGGCGAAACGGUAGAGGUAGGCGUUUUGGGGGGUGUGAGGGGUGGGGGCUUUGGAGGGUGUGAGAUGCACAUACACACACACACACACACACACACACACACACACACACACACACAUACACAUAUAUAUAUGUAUAUACAACGACGGCAGGAUCAACGUAACGAGGACAGGAUAGGACUCUAGGGGCUGGUACACUACCUAUACACUUGUAGCGAAAUUUGGAUUUAGAUACGAAAUAAUAAACACC